AGUUCCUCCUAUGAAGUAAAGACUUCUGGACCAGUCACUGGGUUUUGAGUAAAUGGAAGUCUGUUUGUACACGGCAUUAAGUGCUCCACGUAGAUAGAGGCUCGUUGUUCAGCGUGUGCAGAGGCAGCGUUUUUAAUCCUGAGCGUUUGGACUCAGCUGAACAGGGCAUGAACCCAGCGGAGCACAGAGGAAGCCGCUCGGUUAAAGAAUUUGAUACUCGUAUCUUCGGGUGUUGUCUAAAUAAAAGGAAGUCGCAGCCUUGAAGUGGGUCUGCGGGCCGAGCCGAGCAGCAUGUACGGGAGCACGUCGGCCGACGCUGGACCCGAACCAGCUGUGACUCACACCGACGCCCACGGCAGCACGGCGGCCACACAGGGCACCGUCGCGGAGCGACUGUCCAGAUACGGCGCGCGGCUCGUGCCCAGCGCCGCGCAGCGCAGGUCGCGGCUGCAGCGGCAGCAGGAGGUGUGCGACGGCUCCGCGGCCGGAGCGCCGCACAGGGAGGCAUCGGAGCGAGGCUCGCUCACGCCCGCUAUGCGCAAGCGGUACCUGAAGGAGCUGCUCCUGAGCAACGCGUCGCACAGCGGGCUCAGCAGCGUGCUGUCCUCGCAAAGUGUCGGCGCGUCCUCGGAGCCGGACGCGGACUGGGUUUUGAACCCCAUGGAGCACGCGUGGAUGCUGUCCGCCGUGGAGGGCAACUACGAGACCAUCCUGGAUUUCAUCUCCGAGGACCCGGGCGUGCUCACCAGGAGGGAUUUCAUCAGCGGCUACUCCGUCCUGCACUGGCUGGCCAAGCGGGGCCGGGACGAGACUCUGAUCAAACUUCUGCGCUACGCCGAGAGUGCGGGCGUCCCCGUGAACGUGAACCUGCGGGGCAGCGGCGGGCUCACGCCGCUGCACGUCGCCAGCAUGCACGGCCAGUACAUGGUCGUCAAGCUGCUGGUGGGCGCGUUCGGCGCCAGCGUCGACGCCAUGGACUACAGCGGGAGACGAGCGUGGCAGUAUCUGAGGGGAGACGCCCCGGUGGAGAUGAAGGAGCUGCUCGGGGCCUGGGACGACGAGCACAGCGGCGGGAGUGCGCGGGGCGACGCCAACAGCAACGUCAACAACAACAGCGCCGGCGCGUGUGACGAGGUGGACGGAGGGCACGCGGACGCGACGUUCUUUAGCCGGACUGCGAGGCGCGGCAGCUGGAGAUUCGGGUCUUUAAGAAAUAAGAUAUCCACGUACUUCUUUGGCAACAGGAGCUGAGACGCGAUGAUACAAGCCCCCAAAUAUGUGCGGUCAUAAUGGAUGUCAGUUUGUGCAGGGGUCACACGGUCACUGCAAAAGCCGCUUUUUGCCACGUCAUUCGUGGGUGACUUAUUUUGCAAAUGAAUGUUUCAUAUAAACACGAGGUUGUUUUGUAAAUCUAUUGGAUUGCACACUUUGACUACUAAAGGGAGACUAAUGUGUUUUUCUUAAUGUUAACCACUUAUGUUAUAAGAACUCCCAAACUAACAUUUGGAGAAACGAUCACCACAGACUUCAAAAGACCUUAAGUUUGAGAACUGAAGGAAUCUUAGUUUAUCACCGCAUUGAAAUUGCUUUUCAUGACUAACCCAGCUUUAUUCGAACACAGCAGUCUCCACUUGUGUUUGAAUCAACUAGUAAACUAGUAAUAACAUUGGUCACAUUUAUAAUUGUAGUUGCUGCUGUGCAUGACCAGAAGAACAAACUCUCCACUCAGAAUCUGGCCAAAUCGUCGUCCCUGAAGUGAUUCAGAAGUGCUUGCUGUGGUGAGACUGAACAUCCUCUUAACAGCGUCUUUCUGCAGAGCUGUGUCAGCGCUACCACUCCCCAUCACCGACCGUACACUUUGUACCAUCUAAGAAUAAAAGGCUCAGCAGCUUUAUUUCAAGUUUGA